CACCCCUCCCCGUCUGAGGGUGUGUUGUCAUGGCAACGGCCCCGCCGCCAUCUUGUGCGGGCCCGGGGUGGAGGGGGGCGGGAUGUGACCCCCCAUCCCGGGGCAUUGCUGGGGACAGGGACUCCCACAUUGUGGCGCUGAACUGGGGACCCCCAGGGCUGCCUGAAGGCACAAAGGCGGCCGCAGCCUGCGGGACAAGAUGUCCCACGAGAAGAGUUUCCUGGUGACGAAUGACGGCUUCGCGGGGCAGCAGCCGACGGCCCCCCCAGCCUACGCGCAGCCCCCUUACCCUGUCGCCCCGUACCCCCAGCCCCAGUUCGCCCCUGCGCCCUACCCCCAGCCAGGCUUCACACAGGGGCCAGGGCCAUAUCCGCCGCCAGGGCCGUACCCCCCCGCCGGGCCAUACCCUUCAGGGCCAUACCCACCACCUGGGCCGUACCCCCAGGGCCCCUACGGGCAGCCGCCCUAUGCCCAGCCCCAGCCCAUGGUCCCCGGCGACCAGGACUCCCCCCUGCACAGCACCUACCACGAGGACGGGCCCCCCUCCUACUAUGACAACCAGGACUUCCCGUCAGCGCACUGGGAUGACAAGAGCAUCCGACAGGCCUUCAUCCGCAAGGUGUUCCUGGUGCUCACGCUGCAGCUGACCGUCACCUUCGCCUUCGUGACCGUCUUCACCUUCGUCAAAGGCGUGCGGGGCUUCGUGCAGCGCAAUGUGUGGACGUACUACGUGUCCUAUGCCGUGUUCUUCAUCUCCCUCAUUGUCCUCAGCUGCUGCGGCGACUUCCGCCGCAAGCACCCCUGGAACCUCGUGUCCCUGUCCAUCCUGACCGUCAGCCUGUCCUACAUGGUGGGGAUGAUUGCCAGCUUCUACGACACUGACGCCGUCAUCAUGGCUGUCGGCAUCACCGUUGUCGUCUGCUUCACCGUCGUCAUCUUCUCCCUGCAGACCAAGUAUGACUUCACCUCAUGCCGAGGCGUCCUCAUCAUCUGCCUCGUCGUGCUCAUUCUCUUCUCCAUCCUCUGCAUCUUCAUCCGGAACCGCAUCGUGGACAUCAUCUACGCCUCGCUGGGGGCCCUGCUCUUCACCUGCUUCCUGGCGGUGGACACGCAGCUGAUCCUGGGGAACAAGCAGCUGGCUCUGAGCCCUGAGGAGUACAUCUUCGCCGCGCUCAACCUCUACACUGACAUCAUCAACAUCUUCCUCUACAUCCUCGCCAUCAUCGGCAGGGCCAAGGAGUAGCUUCCCCCGGCCCCUGCUGCCCCGUGCAGCCCCCCGGGUUUGAGCCCCCCCUCCCUGUAGCCGGUUUUGUUGCUGUUCUCAUUGUGCCCCCCCGGUGGUUCUGCGUGGCCCCGGUUCCUGCCCCACGGGGCUCACUGGGACAGGGGUUGUCACCACACCCCCUCCCAGUUCCCCACUCUCUCUGCUGUGAAUACGAUUCCUCCCCUCCCCCCGUUGCGUUGAACGUGGACUGGAAGCACUUUGAAGCCCCCUCCGUCCUGUCCUGCCCCCCUGCCACACUGCCCCCCCCUCCUCGUGCCCCCGUCACCCCUACGGCCGCGCAGGCAGGGGCAGCGCCAGCGCCAGCAGCUCUUCAGACCCCCCUUGAGCCACUGUCCCUGCCUGUCCCCACCCCCAGACCCCCUAAACCACACUACUGCCUGUGGCCCCUCCAGGCCCCUCCUGAGCCACUAUCCUUGUCUGUCCCCACCCCCAGACCUGCUCAAGCCACUGUUCCUGCCCGUCCCCAGAUGCCACCAGCCACCAUCCCUGCCUGUCCCUACCCCCAGGAACUGCAGUCCCUGCCCGUGGCACCCCCAGACCCCCCUGUCCCCUCCCCACGUGGCUGAGGCCCUGUCCUGGUCCUGCUGUUAAUAAACCAUUUUGUUCAUCUCCCAUG